GAGAGUCAGAAAGAGUCAUCAUUCCGUCAUUGUUGUAAAUGUUUUUCUUCAAAAAUCUUCAAUACUGUAUGUAAUAAUUUCUACCUGCAUAACUUAAAAGGAAAUACAUUUAGAAGAGGUCAAGUAAAUUCUUUUCUAUAUCACUUUAGACUGUGUUUCUUCAAAGUAUUACAAGAAUGGAGGUACAGGGUCCACGUCUUGCACCUUUAUCUGAUAUUGGUAACAUGGCUGAGAAUUGGCAAGAAUGGAAAAAAAGUUUUCAAGUAUAUUUGAAAGAAAAUGAUUGUAAUACAAAGUCACAAGAUUUAAAAGUAUAUAUUCUGAAAGAAAAUAUAGGAAAAGUUGGACUGAAUGUUAUACAGAACAUAAUUUUAAAAAACCCAAAAGAUGGCAAUGAUAUGAAUAUUUUAUUAGAAAAACUUGAUGAUCACUUUAAACCUCGUGAAUCUGAAGUUAAAAUACGAUACAACUUUUUUAAAAGAUCCCAAAGAAAAAAUGAAUCUAUUGAAACUUAUAUUGAAGUAUUGCAGGAAAUAGCAAAAAAAUGUAAUUUUGGACACUUGACAAACAGUCUUAUUAGGGACAAAGUAAUUUUAAAUAUAAAGGAUGAAGAACUUCUGAAAGUACUGAUGACAAUAGAAUACCUUGAUUUGUUCAAAUUAGUGGUUCAUUAUAAUUUGUAUAAUAAAAGAAAAAAUAGUGAGACUUCUACGAAAGAUAUGGCUUCUGUUAAUAAUGCUCAAGUUAAGAAUAUUGAUAAUGAAAAUGCAAAGGCAACUGAAACAAAAAAACAAUCAGAGGAGAUAAAUAAAAUAAGCAGGACUGAAGGUCAUAACAAAAAGAUACACUCUUACAGUAAAAAUAAUAAUAAUCAGGUUACAAAUACUGUGGAUAAAAGUUGUAAGUCAAAUAGUGCACAAUUUAGGAAAAAUUGUUGGAAAUGCGAUCAAAAACAUCCUCUGAGAUGUUGUCCUGCUUGGGGAUUCAAAUGUGGAAAGUGUGGUGAUCAUAAUCAUUAUACUCAAUGUUGUAGAAUGUACGUUCCAAAAAAUGAAGAAAAAAACAUGAAUACAAACAUAAAUGCAAACAUCCAAAUGAAACAGAAAGAAGAUCCGAAGCUUAGCUCUGCAUAUUAUAACAAUGUAAGAUCACCUGCUCAGCCUUCGUAUUUUGCAACAUCAAAUUUGUGUCCUACUCCUACUGCACCACCACUUCAUGAAGUUGAGAAUGAAUUAUAUCCAAACUUAAAAUAUAUGAAGAAUUCAAAAGGCAUAUCGCAUUUAAAUGUAUUAGAAACUCGAGUGUCAAAAGAAAAGUUUCAGAAGAAUGAAGCACCACAGCUUCCGAAAGUUCAAGUAGAACAGUACAAUCGUGAAGUACAAAACAGUGAAACUGUGAAGGUUGAAGACCAUAAGAACCACUUCACAGCCCGAACCCCAAAAAAUGACUCAUGCAGAAUAGCAUAGAAGUAGGUAUCGCGUAUCAUUGAAGGCAAAGAUGAAAUGUUAAUUUGGUUGUUUAUAUUUUAAGUUGUACAUUUGACAAUAGAAUGAAGAAACAAAAUAUACGUCUAUAACUAUAUAUAUCGACAACAGUAAAUAAAUUUUAACUUUGAUAUACAACAUACAACGUUGUUACAUUGGUCCCUAAAUUAAAUUAAAAUCGAUCACUACGAACAUUAAAAAAAAAAACAAAUGGCACGUUACAUGAAUGUUAUGUAUCCUUUUUUCAUUAUUUAUGGUCAAUUUCAAAAAGUUAACUAAAACUACAUGCGUAUAGUUUUACCUUUCCGCUCGUCACUAAUUAUGGAUAAAAUUAAUGAAUACAUUUAUUAUUCACAUUUUAAGCAGA